UGCUCACUUGUCCAACGCGCUCGUUUCUGUACGUACUGCGCGCGUAUCUUCAUCUGGCAAGAGAACGAUGAAAAAGCGCGGUAAGGGAGAAACGAGAAUCAACACCGAUACCAAAGGUCACCUUCAAAAAUGCCGUACCGACCACGACGCACUCUCGGUUUCGGAUAUCGGUGGAUCGUACCGAGGUCAGUACAAAUAUUCCAUCGCUAGCCGCAUCACGGUACACACGCGACAACGCUGACUCCCGCGAGUUUUUUUUCCGGCGAGACAUUCCGCAAGUUACGGACGGAUAAAUAGCCGUUAAUUUUCCAAAGUGAGUUCUCGUGCUGUUCAGUGCUUUCCAGCAUUUAGUGUGCUUAUUGUAAAGUGGUUUAAUUCUCUGCAUCGGUUCCAUCUCCACAGAAUAGAAAGUUUUUCAAUUAAAAAUGUCUGAACUAAAAGAUAAGCUGCUUACCCAGAUUGCCGAACCGAUGACCUCGUCUGGCAACAAGGUCACCGUGGUCGGUAUCGGUCAGGUCGGUAUGGCCUGUGCAUUCAGUAUUCUGACCCAGAAUGUGUCCAGCGAGGUAGCCCUCAUUGACGUCAACGCGGACAAGCUGCAGGGUGAAAUGUUGGAUCUGCAGCAUGGUUCGGCAUUCAUGAAGAAUGCUCACAUCAACGCAGGCACCGAUUUCUCUGUAUCAGCUGGAUCACGGUUGAUCAUAAUUACGGCUGGUGUGCGCCAGAAGGAGGGAGAAAGUCGGUUGGAUCUCGUCCAGCGUAACACCGACAUCCUGAAGGGCAUCAUUCCCAAGCUGGUUGCCCAAAGCCCGGACUGUAUCCUGCUGGUUGUGUCUAACCCGGUCGAUAUUCUCACUUACGUGGCGUGGAAAUUGAGCGGUCUGCCAAAGAACCGUGUCAUCGGAUCGGGCACCAACCUCGACUCGUCCCGCUUCCGCUUCCUGAUGUCGCAGAAGUUGGGCGUUGCUCCGACGUCCUGCCAUGGUUGGAUUAUCGGUGAGCACGGUGACAGCAGUGUACCGGUGUGGUCCGGUGUAAAUGUGGCCGGUGUUCGAUUGGCCGAAAUUAACCCAAGCAUCGGUACUGAUGCGGACACGGAGAAGUGGGGCGAAUUGCAUCAUGAAGUUGUGAACAGUGCUUACGAGGUUAUUCGUCUGAAGGGUUACACUUCCUGGGCGAUUGGUUUGAGUGUGGCAUCGUUGGCUUCUGCCAUUCUGCGUAACACGUACAACGUCCACGCUGUUUCCACUCUGGUUAAGGGUGAACAUGGAAUUACUGACGAUGUCUACCUUUCGCUGCCAUGCGUACUAGGCCGUAAUGGAGUUAGCCACGUGGUGAAACAAAUUCUCACACCGGAAGAAACGAAGAAACUGCAGGCAUCUGCCACCUUGAUGGCACAGGUUCAGGGUGGAAUCAAAUUCUAAGCAUUUAAAACGCCAUAGCUAAUACAAGCACGUUAUUUAUUGUCAAACCAAACUGUAUGUUAAGCUAGCUAAGAAUCAGCACACACGAGAACCAAUGGCCCCCAGUCCUUUCACAAGGAACCAAAUGUUCUAUCCCUGCACCGAGCAUUAGCAAAUAAUUCAACAGCAUGAUUCGUAAAUGUCCUUUUCAGUCUCUGAAGAAUGGAACGCUUUGCAGCAAAUAAAAUGAUAGAAAUAAUAUACAUUGCAUAGCCUUUCACUUGGAGGAAUAUGUUCACCUCAGGAGCUGCUUAUGCUCAUUGUAGGGCAAACAAAGAUUGACUGAAACAUUGAGAGCAGAACAAAACAGCAUUAUGUCUGCGGACGGAAAAGGUGUAGAGCUAGAGCUGUAGUUAAUGAUUAGCAAAAUGGAUGUAAACUAACAAUGCAAAAGCUUGGAUUUUGCAAAAAAAUACAAAACACACACCACCCUACCUCGAUUAGUGUUUAGGAGUCUCACCACAAUAUGGUAAUUCGGUUAUACACAGUAAUUGGAAGCGAGCGAAUUGAAACCCGUUAUUCGUAACACUCACUCAUUGAUUAACAGGGCACAUGGAUGCAAACCCGAGAUUACGAAAUUGUUGAGCUCAAAGAAAAUGAAAACAAAAAUUGAAAAUUAAACCCAUUUACAAAUUAUACUCACUCUACUAGGAAACCCAAUUUUUGGAACCCACAUUCGAUGGACAAAAUUUAGCCACCAAACAAAAUCUAAUUGAACAAAUACUAAAAUAACAAACAUUAUCCUACACUUGUCGUGCGUGUUGAGAAGAAGCCAUUAGACUAACCGAUAAACAUAAUAAAAUGCACCUUCAUACAAUGACUAAUAA